AGACAUCAGAUCGCACCAAGGGUCCAGUACACAGCGGGGUGUGGGCAUUGGUUCAUUCUCCACCAUGACACAGAGCAGCUAAGCUUAGCAAGUUACUGAGUUAGCAGUUGAGCAAAGCAUACGCCCAAUGGACCCCGACAACGAGGUGCAACACGACUUCCACCCCUUCGUCCGGCAGUACAAGAGCGGCCGCGUCGUUCGCUUCGUCGCCGCCAACCCCGUCCCCGCCGGCACCGACACCGGCGUGUCCUCCAGGAACGUCGUCAUGAACCCGAGCUCCAGCCUCUGGGCUCGCCUCUACCUCCCGCCGCUCCCCGCCGGGAGCCGCGACAGGCUCCCCGUCAUCGUCUACUACGAUGGCGGCGCCUUCGUCACCGGGUCCACGGCGGACCAGCCCACGCACGAGUACCUCAACAGCCUCGCGGCAGGCGCGAACGCCCUCAUCGUCUCCACCGAGUACCGCCGCGCGCCGGAGCACCCGCUUCCGGCGGCGUACGAGUACUCGUGGGAGGGCCUCGAGUGGGUGGCGUCCCACGCCACGGGCGACGGCGGCGGCGCCGAGGCCGAGCCCUGGCUCGCCGAGCACGGAGACAUGUCGCGCGUGUUCCUUGCGGGGUCCAGCGCCGGCGGCAACAUCGCGCACCACAUGGCCGCGCGCGCCGGCGAGCACGGCCUCGGCGUGCCCAUCAGAGGGCUGCUGGUGAUCCACCCCUACUUCAUCGGCGAGGCGCCCGUCGGCCCGGAAGCGGCGGACCCGGCGCUCAAGGCUUGGGCCGACGCGUUCUGGCGGUUCGUGUGCCCCGGCGCGGCGGGGCCGGACCACCCGCUGGGCAACCCGUUCUCGGAGGCCGCGGGCCGGGGCGCGGCGCGCGUCGCCGCCGAGCUCGUGCUCGUCUGCGUCGCGGAGGAGGACGUGCUCCGCGCCAGGGGCCUCUGGUACUACGAGAGCCUCGGGGCGAGCGCCUACCCCGGCGAGGUGGAGCUGCACAAGUCCGCGGGCGAGGGGCACGUCUUCCAUUACAGCAACCCGGGGGGCGAGCAGGCGCGGGCGCUACAGGCGCGCGUGCUACGUUUCCUCCGUGCUGAACGUGUGUGAGUUAGUAAGGGCGUGCUUGGUUUCUUUGAUGGUUACUGUGUCUCCUUGCUAAGCGGCUAAGCCAGGUU